GAUUCGUGCCAGUCGCGACCAGGAAAACGGACGAGCUCAUCACAUUCCUGCCUGGCUGCCCGCCAAUGCCCGCCACAGAUCUGCCUCUAUCCUUCUACUACGAUCACCCAAUCCUGGGCAUGGUCUGCGACGGCGCGUCGCGGUUCGCGGAGGCGAUAUUCGCUCUGUGCAACACCUACGAGGAGCUGGAGCCACACGCAGUGGCGACGCUGCGCAGCGAGAUGAAAUCCACCUACUUCCCCAUCGGCCCGUGCCUCUCCCCGGCAUUCUUCGCGGGGGACUCGACAGCGGUGGAGCGAUCCAGCGAGCUCCUGUCUCCCGAGGAUCUGGCGUGCCUGGAGUGGCUCGACACACAGAAGGAAUCCUCCGUGAUCUACGUCUCCUUCGGCAGCGUGGCCACCAUGUCCGUGGAGCAAUUCCAGGAGCUCGCCAGGGGCCUGGAGCGCAGCAACCAGCCAUUCGUGCUGGUGCUGCGCAAGACCCUCGUCGCGGAUCCCUCGGUGCACGAUUUCUUCGAGGGAUUGAAGCAGCGGAUCGGCGAGCGCGGGAUCGUGAUCUCGUUGGCGCCGCACGUCUUGCUCCACCCGGCGGUGGGAGGAUUCCUGACGCACUGCGGAUGGAACACGACCGUGGAGGGGAUCUGCGAGGCCGUGCCGAUGCUCGCCUGGCCUUGCAUGGCGGAGCAAAACGUGAACUGCAAGGAGCUUGUGGAGCACUGGAAGCUGGCGAUCCCGGUCCAGGAUGAUCGGGAUAAAAGCUCCGUGAUCUCGGUCUCGAGCGAGAGGCUGGCGGAUCUAGUGGCGAGGCUGAUGAGAGGCGACGAGGGUCGCGAGAUGCGAGCCCGGGCUCGGGGAUUCCGCAAGGCUACUGCGGCUGCCAUAGCCGAGGGAGGAUCCUCGGACAGGAACCUCAAGGCCUUCGCCCAAGCUCUGAGAGAUCUGUGAUCUCUUGGACGCGACAAUUAGAAUCAAUCAAUGGGUUAGUGAGA